AUAUAAAUGUAACACAUCCUUCACUUUCAAGAGGUCUGCCAUCAAGAUGAAAACCUUCCUCCUCGUGCUGUUCGCGGCGGCGGGGAUUUGCCUCGCUCAGGAGGGAAUCCCUUGCGACCAAAGCAUUUCUGAUCAGUGUCCCAGUGAGGACGGGACGGUGCCGACGUAUUUCCCUGACCCUGACGACUGUGCCAGUUAUUGCGAAUGCUCAGGAGGCAUCGCGUGGCACUUAGAGUGCAGUCCGGGAACCCUAUGGAGUGAGGAGGGCAACUUGUGCGACUGGGCUGACAUCGUGGACUGCGGCGCGCGCCCUCGCCCCACGGAGGCCUCGCCGGAAGAAUAGAUUGCAGCCGUGGCAGACGAUCAGAAUAAGAAAUCGACAAACUGCUAAAGGAAAUUAUGAGUCGCUGCAUUUAUGUAUCCCCGAAGAAUGUAGUGCAUUACCAAAAAACACCUUUGAAAAAAUA